AUGGUGCGUCAGCUGCACGACGGUAUGAUGGCGCGAGUCACGGACAACGGAGCUGUCUCAGAGGCAUUCGCAGUGACCAAUGGAGUGAAGCAGGGCUGCGUACUGGCGCCUACCCUCUUCAGUCUUAUGUUCUCUGCUAUGCUGAUGGACGCCUACCGCGACGAACGCCCCGGGAUCCGCAUCGCCUACAGGACGCACGGUCACCUCCUGAAACAACGGAGGAUGCACUUCCAAUCGCGCGUACCCACAACCACCGUUCACGAACUCCUCUUCGCCGACGACUGCGCCCUAAACACCACCUCGGAAGACGAGAUGCAACGGAGCAUGGACCUGUUCUCCGCCGCCUGCGAGAACUUCGGUCUGGUCAUUAACACGCAGAAGACGGUGGUGAUGCAUCAACCGUCACCCAACUCGGCCACAGCCCCCAACGCGCCGCCGCGAAUCAGUGUGAACGGAACCCAACUGCAGGUGGUGGAGAACUUCCCGUACCUGGGCAGUACUCUCUCCCGCAACACCAAGAUCGACGAUGAAGUCGCCAACAGGAUCUCUAAAGCCAGUCAAGCCUGCGGUCGCCUCCAAAGCACAGUUUGGAAUCGUCACGGUCUUCAACUGAACACGAAGCUGAAGAUGUACAAGGCCGUCAUCCUGCCGACACUACUGUAUGGAGCGGAGACUUGGACGGUGUACGCAAAGCAGGCACGUCGUCUGAACCGCUUCCACCUCUGUUGUCUUCGUCGCAUCCUGAGGCUGAAGUGGUAG